AUGACAAAAGGAAUGUCAUCCUUUGGAAAGUGUCGCAAUAGGACGCACACGCUGUGCCACCACUGUGGCUCCAGAGCCUACCACCUUCAGAAGUCAACUUGUGACAAAUGUGGCUCCCCUGCCAAGCGUAUGAGAAAGUAUAACUGGAGUGCCAAGGCUAAGAGACGAAACACUACCGGCGCCUGGCUAAACACUACUGGGACUGGUGGUUGGAUGAGGCACCUAAAGAUUGUCUGUCGCAGAUUCAGACAUGAAUUCCGUGAAGGAACAAUGCCUAAACCCAAGAGGGCCGCUGUGGCAGUGUCCAGUUCAUCUUGAGGAUUUCCAUCAGUCAUAAAAUAAUUGUUAUGGUUUAAA